ACCCACAGAAGAAAAGAAGAAAGAUUUAUGUGAUUUACGGGCGUCUCCGACUCAGCAUCAAGCGAAAGAGAGAGAGAGAGAGAGAGAGACAGCAGAGACAGCAGAGUCUGAGCGUCUUGGCAUGGUGUAUAAGUGGGUGUAUCUUGUAAUUUGGGAAGAGCCGGCAGUUUUGCUUUAUCAUCCAGGUGAUUCCAGCUUGUAUGAUCCAUUGCAUCCCCAUCUCACUCUCUUGAUCCGCAUCGCAGGGUUUCAGUGAGAUUUGGCUACUGAAACAUGGAGGGUGGCUAUGGAACUCCGAAUGGAGAAGCGGCGGAUCAUAAUGGCCUCAAGCUGAUCAGAUACUCUGCUUACCAAACCUGCACCAAGUUGUCAUCAGCUUGGUUCGACUUGAGAGUGUUCUAUGUUCGGAUCAGUAAUUUUCAAGUUAAUGACUUGACCCCUGAAUCGCUCACUCCUAAUCACACGCCUUUAGAUCCUGAGACUCUACUCGAAGUGAAUGCCACUAGAAGUAGCAUAUAUUCGGAUGGAGUCUCGUGCCUUCUCAGGGGGGACAGGAUCGAUAAGAAAUCAGAAGAGGCCACGUUCGUGAGCACUGAUGCUAUAAGGUUGACAGGGAGUGUGAAAAUCGAGUUUUUCGAUAGAGAUGAUCGAAUUCUCUUGGGGGCUUUGGACAUGUAUUUUAGUAAUGGCUCCACGGGGGAAUCAAAAGGCAAUACGAAGAGAUGGAGCAUGAAAUGUCAAUCCAAGAUGGCGGUCGGCAAUGGCUUCUUGAAGGGUGAACACAACAUGGGACUGGAGUCGAGGCCUCCCACUACUGAGGUUCAUGUCACGUGAUGCUUUGCGGGAAAUCCAAUA